AUGCUCGAGAAAGAAGAGGAGCGCUUUCGAAAAUAUGCUAAGAUGAAAAAUAAAACGUUUUUACUUGGUCUAUUCGCUAAACAGCUGAUUCGGACGUUUGAAAAUAGUUUACAAGAAAAGAAAGUAGAAACAUGGAAAGUAAAAUCAGAAAAGUUAGAACCAAAAACUCGAUGUCAUACCAAUUUAUCCAUAGACACACUUCUCUUACUGCUAACAUCACAUUGUCAUGCUCCACAACCUGAUAGUGUUCCAGCUAUCCAAUUAAAAAACGAAAUUAAAGCGCAUGCUGCAAUAACAGAUGAAUCAACCAGUACAAUUAUUCAUUCGGCCUUACGUACCUAUUCACUCAGUGCUGCUGGUCAACUUCCAAAAAUGAAUCACUUAUGCUAA